UCUCAACAUCAUUUUCAUGGCUUCCACUCCCCUCUCUCUCCUCUCUCUCCUCCUCCUCCUCUCUUUCUCUCUCAUCUGUGCCAAACCCCCUACUCUCCACCUCCACCUCACCACCGAUCCCACCACCACCACCACCACCGACACCCUACCCACCACUUUCUUCGAAGUAACAAAACCAAUCAAACUCCCCAACACAAAACCCUGCUCGACCCACAUCCUCCAACAUGAUUUCGCCUACACCUACGGCAGCCCACCAGUCUCCACCCCAUACUCCCCACCCUCAACCUCAAACUGCCCAUCAAACACUUUCUCCAGGAUUGUUCUCCAAUGGUCUGCAACCUGCAAAGGCCGCCAGUUUGAUCGAAUUUUCGGCGUCUGGCUCGGAGGCGUUGAGCUCCUUCGAAGCUGCACCGCAGAGCCCCGAGCCACCGGGAUCCAAUGGACAGUCAAAAAAGACAUUACUAGGUAUUACUCCUUACUUAUGACUAACCAAACACUUGAUGUUUACUUAGGAAACAUUGUUGAUACUACUUAUACUGGUGUGUACCAUGUUAAUCUUAGUUUCCACUUUUACCCCAAUAAAUUGAGUGAAAAUGGAUUAAAUUUAGGGACUUUAGAUAAUAAAUGGGCUGAUUUGAUCAUACCCAUUUCAAGAAACAUGCCAAUGAAUGAUGGGCUGUGGUUUGAAAUCGAGAAUUCGACUGAUGUGGAGGUGAAAGAGUUUAGGGUUCCACAGAAUGUGUAUCGGGCUGUUCUUGAGGUCUACGUUUCGUUUCAUGAGAACGAUGAGUUUUGGCCCACGAAUGUGGUCAAUGAAUAUGUUUUGGAUAAUAAUUUGACGGGUUACCCUGGUAACGGGCCGUUUAGGGAGGUUGUGGUGAGUUUAGAUGGUGGUGUGAUUGGUGCGGUUUGGCCGUUUACGGUGGUUUACACGGGUGGUGUUAAUCCGUUGUUGUGGAGGCCGAUUACUGGCAUUGGGUCGUUUGAUCUUCCUACGUAUGAUAUUGAGAUAACCCCGUUUUUGGGAAGUAUUUUAAACGGGAAGACUCAUGAGUUUGGGUUUAGCGUCACGAACGCGUUAAACGUUUGGUACAUUGAUGCGAAUUUACACGUGUGGUUGGACGAAAAGAGUGAGAAGACAACUGGGAAGUUAUUAACACAAAAUAUUUCGCCUCUUCAUGUUUCUUUAGUCUCGAAUUACACGGGUUUGAAUGGAACGUUCGUUACUAAGGCCACACGGUCAAUAAAGUCAACCGGGUGGGUACAAUCUUCACACGGGAAGAUAGUAACCGAAACAACACAAAAAUUCAAUUACACUAAUAUUAUGGUGAUGGCGGAAAAUGCUGAUUCCCAAAUCGUUAAUCAGAUAAUCGAGUUUAAUGAUAGCGUGUAUGCCAAAAUUCCGUCUUCUGUUGUUUCGAAAGAAUCUUUGAAAACAUUUUCUUUUUACAUACACUCUGAUACAGAGGACAAAGGAAAUGGAAGUUACGCUGAGUUGGCAGAUAUUACUUUGGGUUUUAAUGAGAAAAAGAUCGGCAAUUCGGGUUCUAAAUCUUUUACGAGUGUUCUUGAAAACGUACAAAAUGGUCAGGGUUCGAUGUUUGUGAAGGGAAACUUGGUGGUUAGUGGAUUGGGGAGUACACAACAGAUGUAUAAAUAUGGUGAUGAUGAAUUCUGCUAUUUUAGGGAUGUAAGCAGCUCGAAUUAUACGAUUAUUUACGAUAAAGAAGGCCAUACAUGCAGUAAAAGUGAAAAAUCUGGAUUCAGUUUUGUGAUUGGUAAACACUGGCCUUUCCCUGCUCGAGAUCGUCAUGCGAUUUAAAAGUAUCGCAUCGUUGUAAUCGGGCUUUUGUAUGAUUUGUAUCUUUUUUCUUUCUUUAUGUUCUAUUGUAUCAUUGAUUGUGGUUUAUUUUGUUUGUGUAUUUUAGUUUUAUGAGUAUUUUGUGAAAGUUUGAUGAGUAACGUGCAGCUUUAUCGUGGAGUUGGAUA